AUGCACACCACUCCAUCAACCAACACUGCGAGGCUGACAGCAGCUAGUCCAUUGGCUACCACAAAACAUUCAGGUGCCAUUGGGUCUGACACUGCUAGCCACUAUAUCUCCAAUCUCGACAACAUCAAGGUGCCUGUGCUCUCUGCUAAUCGUAGUGUACACGCUGACUUCAAGAUUGCAGAUGCAUCCCGUCGAUCAAGGUUUCCGCGUACGCUACGCGUUCGGGUUGAUCAGGCUACGUGGGCACCCAACAGCUUGUCGUUGCUGGGAGAUCGCCGCGAUGGGAUUGGCGACGAAAUGCAGAACGAACGUGACCCUGACGGCGGCAGACGGCCUGUCAGCCCGCCACUCCCACACCAUCAAUAUCACACUCUCAAAUGCGAAAAUUCGGGUGCGCAUCCGGUCAAAAAGACGGAAGCCCAUAUUCCCGACCCAACUGUGCCGUCUGCCCAAUUUCACCUCAGCUGCUUCUUCAGAAAAGCCCUUGUGGAAAUUGGGUACGAACAGAAUCCUGCCGUAGCGUUGCAUCACAGUCGAGGAAGCAAUGUCGAGGUUGCGGAAGCUGGGCGGCUGGUUCCUGGAGGGUACAACCAGCGAGGCUGGGCAAGCAGCCAAGAACCAUUCAAGGGUCCCCGCGUCCGAGGGGCCGAGCUAACAAGGCCCCGGUCCAUCACGCCAACGCAGCAAGCAAGUGGAAGUUGGAAUUCGUUCGCUCGUUCGGUCGGGGUUCGCUCGGAGCCUGUCCUGAAGCCGGGGACCAGGCACAAGGGGCCCGGCCCCAUCGUCGUCCAGAGGGAGCGAAUUCGAGCGUCGUUGUACCUGACCGAAAACGACGAGAAGAUGCCAUUUCUCGGUCAUCCGCGGCCCCGUUUUUCCCACUUCCCCCUUUUUUUCCCACGUGCGACUACGUCCACACUCGGAUGA